UAUUUAUUUGGAUUAAAUCAAAUUAUAAAUAAUUUAUUUAGGGUUGGGGGGGUUUUGUAAUCUAUUUAUAGUCUCACAGCCUCGGUAUUUCUUCCCGGAACUCAGCAAAGCAACUCGGCGAAGGAGAAGACCUUCAGAGAAUGGCGAGAGGGCUGAAGAAACACUUGAAGAGGCUUAAUGCCCCAAACCAUUGGAUGCUUGACAAACUUUCUGGUGCAUUUGCUCCCAAACCAUCAUCUGGACCUCACAAGUCAAGGGAAUGCUUGCCUUUGAUCCUUAUUAUGCGAAACAGGUUGAAAUUUGCUCUCACAUAUCGUGAAGUUAUUGCUAUAUUGAUGCAGCGACAUGUUCUUGUUGAUGGGAAGGUUCGGACGGAUAAGACGUACCCUGCGGGUUUCAUGGAUGUUGUGUCAAUUCCCAAGACAAAUGAGAACUUCCGCCUCCUCUAUGAUACUAAAGGCCGCUUCCGUCUCCAUUCUGUUAGAAAUGAUGAGGCCAAGUUCAAGCUUUGCAAAGUCCGAUCUGUUCAGUUUGGCCAAAAGGGUAUUCCCUUCCUAAACACCUAUGAUGGUCGCACCAUCCGUUACCAAGACCCACUCAUCAGGGCUAAUGACACCAUCAAGCUAGACCUAGAGACUAACAAGAUUGCAGACUUCAUCAAGUUUGAUGUGGGAAACAUUGUCAUGGUCACCGGAGGAAGGAAUAGGGGGCGGAUUGGAGUUAUAAAGAACAGAGAGAAGCACAAGGGGAGUUUCGAAACCAUUCACAUUCAAGAUGCCACUGGUCAUGAGUUUGCCACUCGCUUGGGCAAUGUCUUCACUAUUGGAAAGGGUAACAAGCCAUGGGUGUCUCUCCCCAAGGGUAAGGGUAUCAAGUUGUCAAUCAUUGAGGAGGCUAGGAAGAGAGUUGCAGCAGCCCAAACUGUUGGGUAGUUAUUUUUGUUGGAGCUUUACUGAUUUUGGAUGAGGGAAGCAUUUAGUUGCUUUCUAAGUGUGUCCCAAAUUUGGAGUUUAUUUUUCUCAAUAUUUUUACUAUAUUUGAAUUACAAUUUUAGUCACAAUUUUAAAUAAAA